AUGUCGAAGGUAUUCUCUGCUGAAGAAGUGGCUAAGCACAACACCCCCGAGAGUUGCUGGGUGGUGCUCUACGGCAAAGUGUACGAUGUUACCGAAUUCCUCCCUUCCCACCCCGGUGGCUCGAAGAUUAUUGUGAAGCUGUCCGGCAAAGAUGCGACUGACGAGUACGACCCGAUCCAUCCUCCGGGUAUCCUCGAGGAGAACCUGAAGCCUGAAAACUGCCUUGGCACAAUAGACCCGGAGUCGCUGGCUAUGCUACAGCCCGUCCCAGCGACGCCGCAGGACGCAAAGCCCAAGGAGGGCCCGCCCCGUUUGGAGACGUUGCUCAACAUGGAUGAGAUCGAGGAAGCUGCCACUAAGCAGAUUCCCAAGAAGGCAUGGGCGUACUACUACUCAGCUAGUGAUGACCUGUGGACCAAGAGCAACAACGGCAAUGUGUACAGGAAGAUUCUGCUUCGUCCACGUGUCUUUGUUGAUUGUACUCAAGUCGAUACAUCUACAACACUCCUGGGUCACAACGUGGGACUUCCGCUGUUUGUAGCACCGGCUGCUAUGGCAAGACUCGCCCACCCUGAUGGCGAGAGAGGCAUUGCGAAGGCAGCUGCCCGGUUCAAUGCGAUGCAGUGCAUUUCGAAUAAUGCCUCAAUGACGCCUGAACAAAUCAUUGAGGGUGCCGAGCCCGGCCAGGUGUUUGGCUGGCAACUUUACGUCCAGAAUGAUAGGGCUAAGAGUGAAGCCAUGUUGAAGCGCAUCAAUGCCAGGAAAGACCACUUCAAAUACAUCUGCUUAACAUUGGAUGCCCCAGUUCCUGGCAAGCGUGAGCUUGAUGAGAAGCAGCAAUUUGAGGGCGCGUUCGAGGUUGAGUCGGAAUCAAACUCCAAGUCUACAGAGGCGAAGCGGCCAGGUGGUGGUGGUGUUGGUCAGCAGCUGUUCUUCGGCACAGCAGCUGACCUCACAUGGAAGACGACCCUCCCCUGGCUGGCAGAGCACACCGAUUUGCCCAUUGUGCUCAAGGGGUUGCAGACACACGAGGAUGCUUACCUGGCGGCCAAGUACGCACCGCAAGUGAAGGCCAUUAUUCUGUCGAACCACGGCGGUCGCGCUCUUGACACGGCGCCACCCGCAGUUCACACGUUACUGGAAAUCCGCAAGUACUGCCCUGAGGUCUUUGACAAGAUCGAAGUGUGGGUUGAUGGUGGAAUCAAGCGUGGAACGGAUAUUGUCAAGGCUCUUUGCCUGGGCGCGACGGCGGUCGGCAUUGGUCGUGCCGCUCUCUUCGGUCUCGGCGCAGGAGGUCAGGCCGGCGUGGAGCGGACGUUUGAGAUCUUGAAGGCAGAGAUGGAAACAUGCAUGAGGCUGCUAGGUGCCAAGAACGUUAGCGAGCUGGGCCCCAAGUUUAUCAACACUCGCCAGGUGGAGAGGGAUAUCUACGAUGGCGAGUCUGGACUCGAGAACAAGGUUAGCCUGUGGGUGAAGUCGAAGCUGUAA